GCCGAGGGGGGAGGCGGUGCGCUGCCCUAAGCGUGGCUAGCCUUUUAAGAAACGAGGCGGGAGAGCGCCUCUGGCAAACUUAAUGCCGGAGCUGCGACGCCGAGGGGUGGAGUUCGGCGAUUCUGCCUGCCGAAGUCGCUUGCGCCUGCCUUGCCAGGAGCGGCGACUUGCCUGAGCGCCCAGCACCGUCGGCCGAGCGGAGCUUGCCCGGCUGCUGCAGUGGCUGCUGGCAGGAAGCUCGGCGCGCCGAGAGGACGCAGGCGGGCACGAGCGGUGCUCCAAGGGAGCCUGCCAUGGCGCGUCUGCGGCUCCUGCUUCUCGUCCUCUCCCCAGUCCCUGGGCUGUGCCUGGGAGAACGGAGCAGCAGCGCCAUGGAGGAGAUCGCCACGGAGAAAGAAGCGGAGGAGAGCCACCGGCAAGACAGCGUGAGCCUCCUGACGUUCAUUCUCCUCCUCACCCUGACUAUUCUCACCAUCUGGCUUUUCAAGCAUCGCCGGGUCCGCUUCCUCCAUGAGACCGGCCUGGCCAUGAUCUACGGGUUGAUUGUUGGAGUAAUCUUGAGAUACGGCAUACCUCCUGCCAGUGGUCAUGACAAGCCUUUCAGCUGUUCUCAGGAAGACAGGGCUUAUUCCACUCUGUUGGUCAACAUCAGUGGGAAGUUCUUUGAAUAUACUUUAAAAGGAGAAAUAAGCCCUGGAAAAAUACACAAUGUGGAACAGAAUGAUAUACUGCGAAAAGUAACUUUUGACCCAGAAGUAUUCUUCAACAUCCUUUUACCUCCCAUUAUUUUCCAUGCUGGCUACAGUUUAAAGAAAAGGCACUUUUUCAGAAAUCUUGGAUCAAUUUUAACUUAUGCUUUCUUGGGAACUGCAGUAUCUUGUUUCAUUAUUGGGAAUCUCAUGUAUGGUGUGGUAAAAUUAAUGAAGCUGGUGGGACAGCUUUCUGAUAAAUUCUACUACACUGAUUGCCUUUUCUUUGGAGCCAUAAUAUCUGCUACUGAUCCAGUCACUGUCCUGGCAAUUUUUAAUGAACUUCAUGCUGAUGUUGAUUUAUAUGCACUGCUGUUUGGAGAAAGUGUUCUAAAUGAUGCUGUUGCUAUUGUACUAUCUUCUUCUAUUGUAGCAUAUCAACCCACUGGGGAAAAUGCCCAUGCCUUUGAUGCAGCAGCCUUUUUUAAAUCUGUCGGUGUCUUUCUUGGAAUCUUCAGUGGUUCUUUCAUGAUGGGAGUAGCGACUGGAGUUGUGACAGCUCUUGUGACAAAGUUUACCAAACUACACUGCUUUCCCUUGCUGGAGACAGCCCUUUUUUUCCUGAUGUCUUGGAGUACAUUCUUGUUGGCUGAAGCUUGUGGUUUUACAGGGGUUGUAUCGGUUCUUUUCUGUGGUAUAACACAAGCUCACUACACAUAUAAUAAUCUAUCUGUUGAAUCAAGAAGCCGAACCAAGCAGCUCUUUGAAGUUCUGCAUUUCCUGGCUGAGAAUUUCAUAUUUUCUUAUAUGGGCUUAGCUUUGUUUACUUUCCAGAAACAUGUUUUCAGCCCAGUUUUCAUAAUUGGAGCUUUUAUAGCGGUUUUCCUGGGACGAGCUGCACACAUCUACCCACUCUCUUUCUUCCUGAAUUUGGGUAGAAGGCACAAGAUCUCCUGGAAUUUUCAACAUAUGAUGAUGUUUUCAGGUCUCCGUGGAGCCAUGGCAUUUGCUCUUUCCAUCCGAGACACUGCAACUUACGCUCAUCAAAUGAUGUUCACCACAACCCUACUUAUUGUCUUCUUUACUGUCUGGAUCGUUGGUGGAGGCACAACACCCAUGCUGUCAUGGCUAAAUAUAAGAGUCGGUGAAUAUAUUCCAUCGGUGGAAGAGAUGAAUGAAAGCCGCUGGCUGUAUUUCAGAGUUGGAGUUGACCCAGAUCAAGACCCUCCACCCAACAAUGACAGCUUCCAAGUCUUACAAGGAGAUGGUCCAGAUGCUGAACGAAGGAAUCGGACAAAACAAGAAAGUGCAUGGAUCUUCAGGCUUUGGUACAGCUUUGACCACAAAUACCUCAAGCCCAUUUUGACCCACAGUGGUCCACCUCUCACAACAACUCUCCCAGGUUGGUGUGGAUUGAUAGCUCGUUGUUUAACUAGUCCCCAGGUUUAUGAGAACCAAGAACAGCUUAGAGAUGAAGAUUCCGAUUUUAUCUUGAAUGACAGUGACUUGACACUGACCUACGGAGACACAACAAUAACUGCUAAUGGCUCCUCUAGUUCCCAUGGUGCUGUUAUCAACCUGGAUGGCAGGAAGGCAAAGUGUAGCUCUGAAGAAGCCUUGGAAAGUGAUCUGGGAACAGAAGCACCUGAGGUGAUGAGCAGAGGAACACGACUCGUGUUUCCGAUGGAUGCAUGAAGACUGCUUGGCAUAUGGAGCAGUAAAGGAUAGGCCCAGUGCCCUCAAAUCCACACUAUCUGCAGGCCAGUUGUCAGUGGAGACGCUUAGCGAGUAAAUUAAUGUCUCUUGUACAAUGUAAGUUUUUUAAAGUCUCAAGAUGCCCUUUCCCCCUCUCCCCCCCCUCCUGUGUCUUUCUAAAAAAAAAUUCAAGAUGCUGACAGUUUCUAAAAUGGUGGUGAAUGGAAAAUGGCUAAGGUUGUCAUAUUAAGGAAAAACGCAACCUUGAAACGAAAAGCAAAAUAUCAUUGUUCCUCUAAUUCUAUGCACUAUGGGGAUAUGAACCGUCACGGCGGCUAAAAUAAUUCUGACCCAUGGAAGGCCUUUUCAUCAGAAGUCUUUGGUCACUUUUGUCAGGGACAAAAGAUGCAGUGUUGACUUAUACUUGAGAAAAAUGUAGUUGGAAGAAAAGACGUAAUUUCCAUAGGAGCGUUUUCCUGGAUUUGUUGCAAAAAAAAAGAAGAAGAAAAAAGUCCCUUUUCAUUUCAAGAACACUUGUAUUAGUAAAGUUUGACAUUAAAUUAUUCUGUAUCCGAACAAGGAAAGAAAAAAAAAGCAAUAUAUAUAUAUAUAUAUAUAUAUAUAUACAUUGCUCUUUGGACAACUUUUUGAGACUUUCAGUGUGAGUCCUGUGGUUGCAUCACAAGCUGAGUUGUUGCUGUCUAAAAUAUAUGUUUUCUGCCUCGUGCCCUUAAUAUUCUCCAGUAGACAUCUGUAGACGGUAACACUCUUCUAUUACAAAUGUGAAGAAUAUUGAAUGGGUCUAGUGAAGUUACAAACUGCUGUACAACUGCCCAAGAAGUAUUGAUAGAAUCUGUCUCAGGCUAUUGUAAUCUUUCCCAGGCCGAUGUCUUCCAGAUGUGUUAAACUACCGUUAUUAACAUCCCCAAUCAGCAUGGCCAAGCUAGAGAUCAUCGGAUAAAAGCCAUUUAUUUGGAUUUAAGCGGUGUAUCUUUUGUUUAACAGGAGAAGACUACUGUAAACUGUACCUGUUUCUCUGAUGUUUGCAUCAGAACGAAAGGUGUAAACAUAAUCAGUUAGAAAGACAGCGUUGGUGUGUUUGUUAGUGGCAUAUGGCACUAUGACCCUGAUGUUUAAAAAUGGCACAGUGCCUUUUAUGUAAUAAAGAGUAUCAUGUUGUGACCGAACUAGGGAAACCUUGUCUAAGGCAGUGUUUCUCAACCUUGGCAACUUUAAAAUGUGUGGAUUUCAACUCCCAGAAUUCCCCACUCAAUGUGAAGUCCAUGCAUCUUAAUAUUACCAAGGUUGAGAAAUGCUGGCCUAAGAUAAAAGCAAUGCUCAUUUGCAAAUAAGGCAUAUGCAAUUCUAAUUAUAAAUGAGCAUCUGCUUUCCAUGGUGUAAUUUGGCAACUCUCUACAGCUUUCUUUUUCAGGUUAGCUGUUAAAAAAAAAGUUUAAUAAUAUUGUAGUGUAAUGAUUCAACUCUAAUGGGUACUAUUGGGCUGCCCUAUAAUUUAAAAAUGCUUAGGAAAAUAAAAAUAUGCUCUCACAUUCUUGUAUUUUUGUUUCUUAUUCUGAAUACAUUUUUAGUUGCUGUUUCAUUUUUAGUCUGUUUGUGAAAUGAAAACUACAUUUGAACCUACCUAUGUAAUAAAGUCUGUUACUUUACCAUGA